AUGGGUGUGACAGUGAAGAUCAACGACGUUGAUAUUGACAACAGAUUUGUUGUGCCUUAUAAUCCACUGCUGUUAAUGAAAUAUCAAGCUCACAUAAAUCUUGAGCUCUGUAACAAGUCAAACGUCAUCAAGUAUCUUUUUAAGUAUAUCAAUAAGGGUCCGGAUCGGGUGACUGCAACUGUUGGAGAAAUAUAUCAUGUUGGUGAAUCUUCUCAGGUGGUUGAUGAGAUCAAGCAGUAUUAUGACUGUCGUUAUUUAUCACCGUCUGAAUCCAUGUGGAGAAGUUUUGCUUAUGAUAUUCAUCAUAGAUGGCCGUCAGUACAGAGGUUGACUUUUUACUUGCUGAACCAGCAACAUGUUGUAUUCGAUGAUGCUGAUAUCACCACUCAUGUUUAUUUGCGCAACAAAGAUUUGCUGACGAUGUUUACGGGUUGGAUGAUGGCCAACAGGCGGUUCCCGGAUGGGCGGUCUUUAACAUAUGUUGAAUAUCCAGGAAAUUUUGUCUAUUGUUCGAACAGUAGGGAGUGGAAGCCGAGACAGAGGGGAUUCUCAAUUGGAAGAUUGAGUUUUGCUCAUCCGUCAUCUGGUAAACUUUUCUAUAUGCGGAUGCUUUUGAAUGUGCAGAGAGGUUGUACCAGUUUUCGAAGUAUACGAACUGUGAAUGGUGUUACUUAUGAUACAUUUCAGGAGGCAUGUUCUGCCAUGGGAUUCUUGAUAGAUGAUAAGGAGUAUGUUUCUGCUAUUAAGGAAGUUGCCGAGGUAGCGUCCGCUGCACAGCUAAGGAGGUUUUUUGUGAUAUUGUUGUUAUCUGGUUCCAUGGGAAGGCCUCUGUCAGUUUGGGAACAAACUUGGGCCUAUUUGUCUGAUGAUAUUCUUUAUCGUAGAAGGCAUGAGCUGCAAUAUCCUGAUUUAACGAUGAGUCAGGACAAGUUGCAAACAUUUUGUUUGUUAGAAAUUGAGAAACUAUUGUAG